AAUAGUCAUACUCUUAAAGUUCAAGGCCGAGAAAUAAAGCCACAUUGAAAUUUGGCGCUACAUCCUCAUAAUCUUAUAGCGAUGUCAAAGAAAGGAAGUAAAGAUUCCCAAAGAUCGGAUACGCUACAAAAGGUUAAAGAGUUCAAGGACAACUUCAAAAAAGAGGGUGAUCACUUAGUUCAGGAUGUGUUUCCAGCAAAAAUAUUAGAAUUAGAAGAACUGUAUCAGAGCAUGACAAAGUCUCGACUGGCAGACAUACAUGUGGACCUCAACAUUCCUUGCCCAGACCCUAUCCUAUUUACAAACAAUGCAUCAGGAGAUGAGCCUGCAGGCAAAAAGAGGAAAAUUGAAAAUGACAACCAUAAUGAUGUCUCAGGUACAAGGGUCAUGGUGUUACCCAAUGGUCCAGCUCCUUGUAAUAAGAAGUUAGUGGUGAUAGCAGAGAAGUUAAAACCAUUAAUAAGAGACCUGAUGGAUCACACAAAUAUGCUGAAAAUGUGGAUUGCAUUCCUGAUUCCAAAAAUUGAAGAUGGAAAUAACUUUGGUGUAUCAGUUCAGGAGGAAACAAUGGGAGAGGCCAGACAGGUAGAAACUGAGGCUGCCUCUUACCUGGACCAGGUGUCUAGAUACUUCAUCUCACGGGCAAAACUCAUCUCCAAAGUGGCCAAAUACCCACACAUAGAUGACUACAGACAAGCGGUGAGGGAAUUAGAUGAGAAAGAAUACGUCAGUCUGCGCCUCAUCUGCUGUGAAGUCCGCAACCACUACGCAAGCCUACACGACCUGGUGUUGAAGAAUAUCGACAAAAUCAAGAAACCAAGAUCAGCAAAUGCUGACAGUCUCAUUUACUGAUGGCAAUUAACAGAUUAAUUGAUAAAUUAAACACCUUUAAUUGAUAUUUGUGGCAUAAACAAACCAAGGAAACAUCAAUGU